AUGUGGAUACGCUUCGAUAAAAUACGAGAUGAGACCAUUUCAAAACUAAAUGAAUGUAGUAAUUGUAUCAAGAUGUCUGAAAAAUUAUAUCUUGAAACAAUAGAAAUGAAUACUAUUUUAGAAAGCAAAUUAGUCAAUGCAUCGAAUGAAGAAAAAGAAUGGAAAGAUAUCAAUGUCAAAUUAGCAACAACAUCAAUGUUGGAGGUGAAAAAUACACCACAAGCGUUGAUACGUUAA